AUGGGAAACCUGUCAUUCGAGACCAUAACUUUGUUACCCGAUCACGUGAAGCCGGUGGGGAAACCAAACUUCGGGAGGAAAGGGAAUGGGAAGAAGCGGAAUGGGGGGAAGACCAAGCGGAGCAGGCGCAGAGACAUAGGGACUUUGCGGAAGGGGGAAGUGGGGAAGCGGCAAGGAGAACGGGAGUCGAAGGGGAAAGUGUUAAAUGCUACGCGGGGAACUGGCAAUGGGGAGGGGAAAGGGAAGGCGCGGGGAAAGGGGACGUGGGGACGGAGGCGAAAGAGAUUGCUAGAAGACUCUGGCGCUGGUUUAAGUAGAGAUGAGGGGAAGGAGGACCAGGAGGACCAGGAGGACGAGGAGGAGGGAGAGAGAGGAUAUGGGGAAGCAGAGGGGUUGAGAGGUGAAGUGUUGGUGAGCUUGAAAGGUGGGGCAGGGUUGCGAGAGUUGGGAAGCGGAUGGGAGAAUGGGGAUGGAGGCGCAGAUGGUGGAGGGGAUGAGGAGGACAGGGUAGAGGAGGAGGAGGGAGAGGAAGGUGACGGAUCAGCAGUAUCAGGGUUUAGCAGGUUGAUUCAUUCUGACAGCAUGGUGGUGCAUCGGAAGAGAGUGGGACUGGAUGGGGAGGAAUUGGAGGACAGGGCAGAGGAGGAGGAAGGAGAGGAAGGAGAUGGAUCAGCAGUAUCAGGGUUUAGCAGGUUGAUUCAUUCUGACAGCAUGGUGGUGCACCGCAGGAGAGCGGGAUUGGAUGGGGAUUCUCAGGAGGAAUUGGAGGGAGAGGAGGACGAGGAGGAUGACGAGGAUGAAGAGGGAGAGGGCGAGGCAGUUUUAGGGUUUCGCAGGUUGAUACACUCGGACAGCGUGUUGAUACAACGGAAGAGAGUGGGGAAGCCUGAAAGGAGGAUGGCUGACAUUGAGGAGGAAGAGGGUGCAGGAGCGGCGGAGGAAGCAGCGGGAGAGGAUGAGGAGGAUGAGGGGAAUGAGGAGGAUAAGGGGGAGGGCAGGGAGGGUGCGUGGAAAGAAGGGGGGAAUGGGAGUGGGAAUUUGGUGUUGGAAGAAGAAGGGGGGGAUGAGGAAUCGGAAGGUCUGAAUGACGAAGACGAGGAAGAUGAGUUGGAAGGCGUGGAUAAGGAGGAAACCAGCUGGGAGGAGAAAGGGUUACAUCUGCGAAGGAGGUUGGUGCAUUCUGAUAGCUUGGCUGUGAACCGGCUUAAAAGGAGGACAGGCCGUUCCCCGAGCACAAGUUCAGAUGAACAUUCGGGUGAAAUUUCAGGUGAAACUUCCAGUGCUUUCGCCUCUGCUGCUCCUCCUGCUCGUGCAAGGCGGUUUGUGCACUCGGACAGUCUGUCAGUUGCAAGGCUGAGGGGAGUGGUCACAAGCGCACACAGCAAAGGAGACGAGGGUCAAGAAGCGGAUCAGGCAAGGGAAGAGGUGGAAGAGGAAGAGGAGGAGGAGGACGAAGAGGAGGUAGAAGUGGCAGUGCCGGUGUUCCCACAUUCGGACAGUAUAGUGGUCGCAAAGGUGCAGGGUCUCGAGUGGACUCAAGAAGAGGACGAGGAGGAAGAGGAGGAGGAAGAGGAGGAGGAAGAGGAGGAAGAGGUAGAAGUGGCAGUGCCGGUGUUCCCGCAUUCGGACAGUAUAGUGGUCGCAAGGGUGCAAAGCCUUGAGUCGACUCAAGAAGAGGAUGACGAAGAUGAGGAGGAGGAGGAAGAGGGGGAAGAGGAGCAAGACGUGCGAGUGCCGGUGUUCCCACAUUCGGACAGCAUAGUGAUCACAAGGGAGCGUAAGAGACGGAGACCCAGACUCACAGUGCCUCGGCUCGCAGGCAUACACGGCAUGAGGCCUGCUAGUCAGAGCGCCAGGCUCUACCUUCCCCAGGUGAACCCUCCCAGGGCCACAGGCACUAAGCUUGCCAGUCAAAGCGCCAGGCUCUACCUUCCUCAGGUGAACCCUCCCAAGGCGGCAGGCGCAAAGCUUGCCAGCCAAAGCGCCAGGCUGGACCCGCCCCAGUUGAACCUUCCCAGGGCACCAGGUACAAAGCUUGCCAGCCAGAGCGCCAGGCUGAGCCUUUCCCAGGUGAACCUUCCCAAGGCAGCAGGAGGCAUAGGCAGCCUGAUGCCUGCGAGUCAAAGUGCCAGGUUGUACCUUCCCCAGUUGAGCCUUCCCGAGGCAGGAGCUGCAGCAGGUACAGGUGGGGGUGCAGCAGGGAUGGACGACACGAAGCUUGCAAGUCAAAGCGCCAGGUUGUACCUGCCCCAGAUAAGCCUUCCUUGGGCAGGAGCUGCAGCAGGUACAGGUGGAGUCCCCAUCGCUCUCCCUUAUGCAGCCCCCGUCCUGGUCCCACACACAGCUCCCGGCUCUCUCCUUCAUGCACCCUCCGCAUUUCAACCACACACAGCCCUCGUUGCUCUCCUUCAUGCAGCCCGCGCCCCUCUCCCCCAUACAGUCCCCAGUCACCUCCCAUAUGCAGGCCCCAUCUCUCUCCUUCAUGCACCCCCCGCAUUUCAACCACACACAGCCCUCAUUGCUCCCCCUCGUGCAGCCCCCGCCCCUCUUCCUUAUGCUCCUCCCAUCCCUCUCCCUUGUCCAGCCCGCGCAUCAGCGCCACAGUCAGCCCCCAUGCCUCUCCCACACACAGCCCCCAUCCCUCUCCCUUGUCCAGCCCCCGCAUCAGCGCCACACACAGCCCCCAUUCUUCUCCCACACACAGCCCCCAUCGCUCUCCCUUAUGCAGCCCCCGCCCCUCUCCUUUAG